UGGGCUUCAGCGCAAGCCACUGUGGUCGGGGCUUAUAACUAGCUAAAGUGAGUGAAGCACUAGGUCUAACUUUUCUGGAACAUACAGGGCAGUUCGGAAUAAAUAUUUCUCAAUUGUGAGGCUCUUGCCGGGCAGCUAAAAAGACAUGCCGCACGUGACUGGGUGAUGCGGAGAUUCACCCAGCUGUCUCCCAUUUUCAUUUAUCAGCCAAUCAGGACGCACAUACAAGACCCACAGUGACUCGUUAGAAUUCUGACGAGUCGCUGUGGGUCAACCGCGGGGUUAGGUCGGGCGUUGCUAGGUUCGACAGUUAAAUGCCUGGCGCAGCCUCAUUCAACGCCCAGGAUAGCUUUGCGACGAUCACUCGUCAAUACUAAUGUACAAUAUCCACUAUGCCUGAACGCGACCUACGUAUGGAGCCCGAGGCUACGGUCCGAGACGCCUCAACGGCACCUGUCUCAUCCGAUGUUCCAAGCGUGGAAUACGAAGUUGAGCUUCUCUUACCCCGCAGCGAAGCCAAGCUGGUCGAGACAUUUCGCCAAGAAAUCCGCCUCUGUGAAACCGACACACAGAAAUUCGGCAAGUGUAUACAAAAGCGAGAUGAGCUGCUGGAGGAAAACGAUGGGUUCAUCCUCCGGCUAACCGCCUUCGAAAAUGUCAUGUCGGUCGAAUGCACCUCGUACAGAGGAAGGAAAGAGCGUGCACGCCCGCUAGCGACUCCGCCGGGGAGAAUAGUGACAGGGGACGGCGCAGCAAAGUGGGACCGAUUUGUAGGGGCUGCCGCGGUUGGAUCCGACGCUAUAUCCAAACUCCUCCCACCCUUGAAGAUGGUUAGCCUACAGUGGGGCAAGGAUUUCGUCCAGCAUUACCAGUUGGCCGGCAAGGGGCAGAACUACUGCAACAAGUUCUCAGCGGCGGUGAAAUUGCAUACCCUGGAGAACGGUGUGCGGAAGCUAAACCAACUGCUCCUUCGACGGUUUUAGAUACCGGGGCGUCGUGGUGUCAGGGUAGGGGUGAACCCCAUUGAGCCAGUGGAUUUGCAGAACCUGGCUACUUGGAGGGACGAAGCCCCAUUUAUCAAAGAUGGCGACCCUAGUGAGGUCCAGCUACCGUUCGUGGACCUCACUUCUAAAGAUCUUCCUCCCGGCUUCAUUUUCGAUCGAUUUGGGCUUCUGGUUCGGCGCCCGUUUGAACCUUUGGCAGGAGCGGACCCA